AUGUUACUUCGUCGGCCUUUUCUCACAACAUUGGCCUUGCUGGCUGUCCCGACGGGAGUAUUAUCACGGAAGGGUGGCGGUGACGGCGACAGCAGUACCUCGGGUGGCUCAGGUGGCUCGAGUGCCUCGAGUGCCUCCAGUGGCUCUGAUAGUGAUGACACUUCUUCAUCAACAUCAUCAUCCUGGGGCGCAACCAACUGCUUCGAUACCCACGUUCUCAACUUCGAUAAUCUUCAACCUUCGCACUACUACAAAUACAAUCAGGCACCACGCCGUGGUCAUGCGAGUGUUAAAACCGACUGGGAUGGUGUCUACUUUAAAGGUGACGCCCAUCUCAAAUACACAAUUAUCACACCACCAAACAAUUUGACCGAAGACGACAUCGUUAGUUCAUCUUUGAUCGAAUGUCCCGUUGGCAGACAGUCCAUGCGCAUGCUGGGCGUUGCAUGGGUUGGUGCCAAAACUCCCACCCCUGCUGGACCAGUCAAUCCCUUCACGUUGGGUUUUAAGGCCUGGGAGAGCAACGUCCGUGUCUCGGAUAUCGAUUAUUCAUACAAAUUAUGUGAAGACCCGGAUCUCAUACAACUCACCACGACGGUGGACUGGUACAAUGAAAAUUCGGUCGAGAAGGCCAUGGAUGCCGUUGCAUUCAACAUCACCCAGGCGGUUGAUAACAGCAACAAGAUUCUAUUCGACGGGGUCUAUGAUCUCAAAGACUGGGCAGAUAGUGAAAGGAGCUAUUUAGAACCAGCACUCUAUGAUAAUACCGGUCUUGGGCGUGAGAAGAUUUCCCUUCCGGAUGGUCUAUGCUCUGAGAGGAGUAAGUUGGGAAAAAUCCUCUUUGUAUGGCCCACUGGAACACACAUCAAUGGCUCUAUGACCAAUGAAACUCUUAAGCUGAAUUUCUCCGGCUCGACAAUUGCGGGGUUUGAAAGUCGUUCUCGAUGGCGGGGCACUGACACAAAAGUAAAUGUGACUUUCGAAUUCACGUUCACGGGUAGUUUGGAUGCUGCGAAUUCCUCGCAGGUGGUUCUGCCAGGGGCGUCGAGCCACAAUGCGUCACUAAUCGCCUUUCAGACAGUGACUGGUAGUGCUACUGUGAUAGGUCGUUCAUUGUACUAUGUACUGCUGUCUUUAUUGGUCAGUUUGGGGGUCAUGGUUAUAUGA